AUGGCGUCUCGCCGCCUCGUUUCCACCUCGCUAUGGCGGGCCGCCGCUGCCCCGGCCCAAGCGACAUCGCUCUCCGCCGCCGUACGAUGGAGCUCGACCACCAGCUCGACCUCUGCCAUUGCCUACAAGGCUCUUCGACGCCGCUCGGCGCCUCUGCCCGUGAGCGACAGCCCGCCCGCCUGGUCCGCCCAGGCAGCGGUCUCCAACAUCCUCUACGACAUGCCCUCGCCGUCGUCGCAGCCCCCGAAGCGUCACAUCCUCAACUGCCUUGUCCAAAACGAGCCUGGUGUGCUGUCCCGCGUCUCGGGCAUUCUCGCCGCGCGCGGUUUCAACAUCGACUCUCUUGUUGUCUGCAGCACCGAGGUUGAUGACCUGUCGCGCAUGACCAUCGUCCUGACCGGACAGGAUGGCGUUGUCGAGCAGGCCCGGCGCCAAUUGGAGGACCUCGUCCCCGUCUGGGCUGUGCUGGACUACACCAAUGCCGCUCUGGUCCAGCGCGAGCUUCUGCUGGCCAAGAUCAACAUUCUGGGACCCGAGUACUUCGAGGAGCUGCUCGCUCACCACCGUGAGAUGACGGCUGCCGAUGCCGACAGCGAGCACGCCCUCGAGGCUGAGCAGCAGUCGCUGGAGGAGGUCGCCAAGGACUUUCACCCCAGCAAACUUGCCGUCAGUCAGGCUCUGCGUCACAAGCACGAACAUCUCAAGUCCAUCACCUACUUUGCCCACCAGUUCGGAGGAAAGGUUCUGGAUAUCAGCACCAACAGCUGCAUUGUGGAAGUCUCCGCCAAGCCGUCUAGAAUCGACUCUUUCCUGAAGCUCAUCGGACCUUUCGGUAUCCUUGAGUCAGCCCGUACCGGUCUCAUGGCCCUGCCCCGUUCGCCGUUGUACGGACCCAACGAGGAGACGAUUCUGAAGGAGGCAGAUGAGGUUGUUGACGCUAGCCAGCUUCCUCCCGGUUAA